AUGGGUUCCAGCAACAGAGUUAAGCCAACUAAAGGAGGAGCCUACCUUUGGCGCUACCUCCCGAACAAGCCUGCGGCGAUCCUAUUUCUCAUUCUAUUUCUCUUAUCUUUCCUCUACAUCAGCUGGAAGAUCUGGAGGACUCGUGCUCGCUUCUGCAUCGUCUUUGCACAAGUCGAAGUUAUAGGAUAUGGAGCACGCGCUAGCGCUCACGAUAAGACCGACAGAAUCAUGACGUUCGCCAUCCAGAACAUGUUCAUCAUCAUCGCACCGGUUCUCUUUGCCGCCUCAAUCUACAUGAUCCUCGGUCGGAUUAUCACGAGUAUCCACGCCGAGAAGUAUUCGAUGAUCCGACCUGCCAAAUUGACAAAAACGUUUGUCCUCGGAGACUUGGUUUCUUUCCUCAUUCAGGGAGGCGCUUCGGGCAUGAUGGUGAUCCAAAAGCCCGGUCUCGCGACUUGGGGUGAGAGGAUUGUCAUCAUCGGCCUCGUUGUCCAGAUCAUCAUGUUUGGUCUCUUCUGUGCUAUCGCUGUGGUUUUCCAUCGCAGAAUGAGACAAGCACCCACUCCCGACUCCCUAGACGGCCUGAUCCCGUGGGAACAGAGCCUUUACAUGCUUUAUGCCGUCAGUCUGCUUAUCAUGGUUCGAUCAAUCUUCAGAGUUGUCGAGUUCGCUCAGGGAUAUACGGGUUACUCUCUUUCCCACGAAUGGACACUCUACGUUUUCGACUCCCUUCUUAUGUAUCUCGUCACGGUGCUCUUCGCUUGGAGGUUCCCAGACCGCUUGAGGUCUAAAGAAGAUCUGGCUCUGUGA